AUGCAACUCACCCUCAAAAACACCCUCCUUUUCCUCGGUCUGCUCGGCCUCAGCUCAGCAGCCCCCGCCCCCGAGCCAGCCAUCACGAACCAGGCCACCUACACCGUCGGCCCCGUCCCGACCGGCCUCCCCAAGACAUGCUCCAAGUAUCUCGAGGACCCCAAGUUGUGCUACACCGCCACGACCACUGAGACCGUUGCUCCUUCAAUCUGCCCCAUGAUCAAGUGUGUCGAGCCGACGGGCCAUGUUGUUUGCCCGCCGUACAUCAAGGUGACCACCGUCGAGGUGCCGUGCAGCACCGAUUGCUGCCCCAAAACCCCCACCGCCACAGUCACCGCAACCGCAGACUGCCCGGGCUGUACAGCCGAGUGUGUUGUGCCGACGACAACGGUGACGGCUACUACGGGAGUGUGUGGGGGGGUUACGGUGGGGCCGCUUCCUAGUGCUACGACGCAUUAG